AUGCCUCCUCCAGCUUUAGAUUACCUACCACCAGAGAUUUUUCUCGCAAUCAGUGACCUGCUCCCUUGGACAGACAAAGAAUCCUUGAGCAUCGCUAACAAGACACUACGAAACCAACUGGUCCCUCACCUUUUCCGCCACAUCAAGGUUGACUGUCCCCUCGCCCGAGAAAACAAUCUCCAAUCCGUGAUUCAUCUACAUGGCGCCUACAUAUUAAGCGUACGUCUCAACGUAGAAUUCCAACCAAAUCCGCCUAACUCUGGUCUUGAAGGCACAGAAGUCGAUCCCGCUUCUACGGAGGCAUGGUACUGGGAUGAUUACCCAGCCUCCGUCUGGGCUCAGGACUCUGUCGACAUUCCGAUUAUGCAAGAUGUGAUCCAGUUCAAAGGGAUGUCUAAAUGUACCAAGCUCAGUAUCCACACAAAUGGAGAAGAAGACUUUGAGGUUGAUGGUGGUUGGGAUGAGAACGACCUUGCCGAUACGAGUAUCUAUUUCUGUUCCUGGCCGGAGAGCUGGGAAAGGGUCAAAGAAAAAGAGAAACACUACAAAUGGCGCAAAGCAUGGUGCGAACUUUGGAAGGAUGUAGCAAAAUAUGCAAAGACAGAGUCUCUCGAACUCCUUCACUUCCUACCAAUCAAGGCUUCAUGCUGGUUGGACCCGGAAUGGGCUGCCUUUCUGGGGAAGCUGAAGAGCUUGACAAUACGAGCCUAUGGUCAGGACAACGGAGCUGGAUGGGCAGUCAACACCCUGGAAGGAUUCAAUGCUUUCUUCGUCGAGAUGCCAGAUUUUCUUUUUCAACAUGCUAAGAAUCUUGAGCACCUGUGUAUAGCCGGAAACGAAGACGGACAUCUCGGCGAAGACGCUCUGCGCUUCGAGCCAAAUACCAUGCCUCAACUGAAGUCGCUGCGACUGGAGACAAUGACUAUCACCCAAAGCUUGAAGGAGUUCCUGAGCGAAAGUACCCCAAAGCUUGAGUCCCUCUAUCUGUUUAACGUAGCAGCAUGGGCCGAGGGGACUGAGCCAACUUGGGCAGACUUCUGGAAAGCUGUCCGCAAAGGGAAUCCCGCUUUGAGGGAAGUAGUUUACCGAUAUGCGAGAAUCGCCCCGUUGUGUGAAUUCGAGGAUAUGAAUGACGAUUAUGACUCAGCAGAGAUGGACUCUGACGAGGUUGCUCAAGCACGAAAGAAGUUGACUGACGACCCCAGUCUUGUUAUUUGGCCAUAUGUCACGUCAGAUGACAAAUACGGCGACGUUCAGGCCUGGGAAGACGUCAAUCUUGAGUCUCUUAAAAAGGGCGAUGACAACAAGGAGUAUAAAUUGCUGAUGGACGAAAUCAAACAGAGGCAGCAGAGCACUGUAUCCUAA